GCGGGGAGUGGGUCCCGCUCGCCGUCAUUGGCUGUGCGGCUGGGGGCGGAAGGAAGACUUGGGCUGCGCCCGCCGCCCCAGUGAGCCCCACAUUCCCGCGGACGGCUUCGCGGGCGCGGAUCGGCGGGACCCGGGCGCCCGCGAGGAGGUCGGCGCAGCCCGGUCCCACCCCGAGCGCGGGAGCCGGCGGAGCAGAUCAGCGCGUCCCUAUCGGCAGGCAAAGUGCUUGAAGAGCUCACCACACGCACAUUUACGGUUCUCAUUAAAGAAGCCUCACGUAAGUGAUGGACACCUGAUACCCUGCUGCCUUUGCUUGGAAACCGAGUUUUGUUGUACUGAUUUAACCACCCUCAAUGUUUGCUGAUGCUAUCAUGACAAAAAGAAUGCUGAUUCUGUCCCUGUUGACCCCUGUGUGAAACUGACUUUUCAUAUACUGUGCAUUCUUUGACCUUCCAUAAAGAUGUCUGAACCUGACUCUUCAUCUGUAUUCUCGGGGAGUAUGGAGAAUGGAACUUUCCUCGAGCUAUUUCCCACAUCCCUGUCCACAUCGGUGGACCCGUCCUCAGGCCACCUGUCAAAUGUCUAUAUCUAUGUGUCCAUAUUCCUCAGCCUGUUAGCCUUCCUGCUUCUACUUUUAAUCAUUGCCCUCCAGAGGCUCAAAAAUAUCAUCUCCUCCAGUUCCUCCUACCCGGAGUAUCCAAGCGACGCUGGAAGUUCUUUCACCAACUUGGAAGUCUGCAGUAUUUCCUCGCAAAGGUCCACUUUUUCAAACCUUUCCUCCUGAAGAAAAUGUAAGAAUCCUUCAAUGCUGCGGCCCUCGGGGAGUUUUCCCUUCCGAAGUGUCGCAUGAAGUAGGUGCCUCAGGAAAGAAACGCCCAUUUUGUUCUUUUCCACCGAUUAGACCCAGUUCUCCUUCUCCUUCAGCCCUGAUUUCUUUUCCUUUUCAUGAUGCUUUUCGUUGUGAAUGUCAGAGUUGAUGCUGACAGAAAUGCAUGCAAGGUGCAGAAUUUCACCCAGACUUCUUGGUGAAUCUGGGGCUGGCUGCUUCUCAGUGGGUCAGGCCACCCUGUUGGACACCUGAGGCAGAACUCACCUGAGGCGGCCUCGCAGAGGAUGCUGGAUCAGGGCUCUGCACUUCGCUUCUCUUACAAAACCGUAAAAUCAACGGAGUCAGCAGAAACUGGCUAAGUGAAGUCUGAGCAAUGUGGAAGAUAUUAUCCAUAUUUAAAAGAUA